GUCCUUACUCCACCUCACCCCCUAUAAAGCCUUAACCACACCCUCUCAAUUCACAAAACGCAGUGUUUUGUUUUCUGCACUAUUUUUUAUUCCAAACCCUCUCUUCCGUUACUGCUAGACUGAUUCGAAGCUCCAUGAUUAAGCCAUUCUCUCAGGAACGGAUCGUGAAACUUUGAAAUCGGAAUUUCAUAAGGAGAAAUGGAUACUACGUUUGAUGAUGAAGAAGGUGGACCAUCCGUUACGCUCGGCGAGUACCUUGAAGAAGUUGAGGAACGGGAGCUGGAAGCUGAUUUAGUUUUGGGGGGCGAUGAAGGCAGGGAGUGUACCUACAACAAAGGGUACAUGAAAAGGCAGGCAAUUUUCUCUUGCAUCACGUGCACCCCGGAUGGGAAUGCUGGAGUUUGCACUGCUUGCUCGUUGUCUUGCCAUGAUGGUCAUCAGAUUGUGGAACUAUGGACAAAAAGAAACUUCAGAUGUGACUGUGGGAAUUCAAAGUUUGGUGAAUUCUACUGCAAGAUUUUCCCAAGUAAAGAUAUUGAGAAUGUUGAGAAUUCGUACAAUCACAACUUUAAAGGUUUGUAUUGCACCUGUGCGCGCCCUUAUCCAGAUCCAGAUGCUGAAGAACAAAUAGAGAUGAUACAGUGUUGUUUGUGUGAGGACUGGUUUCAUGAAGAGCAUCUUGGUCUCGAGUCUUCUGAUGAGAUUCCCAGAGAUGAAGAAGGUGAGCCACUUUACGAGGAUUUCAUGUGUAAGGCAUGCUCUGAAGUAUGUUUCUUUCUGAAAUUAUACCCCGAGGUAAUAUUGGUGGCUGGCAAGCAGCCAAAUGCUACUGCUCAAGUUAGCAAGGACAAAGGUAUUUUGGAAGACACGCCUUCAACUUGUGGGUUUGAAAAGCCACUGGGUGAUACUUCAUAUAAUUCUCCUAAAAUUGAUGUGGCACAAGCUUCUGUUGGUUCUGAAUCUAUAUCUAAUAGGGCGGGUCUUCCUCCUGGUGGAAGUUGUAAUAGCAGUACAUGCACUGAAGGUGCCAGUUUGCAUGUUAAUUGUCUCCUUGGUGUGAACAUUGUUGCUGCUUCCCCAGUUAUACAUGGUAAAGCAAUGUUCCUUUCCAAAAAUUGGAGAGAUGCUCUAUGCAAAUGCAAGAAUUGUUUGGAAUAUUAUCAUCAGAAGCGGAUUGCUUUUCUACUUGACAAGGAGGACUCAAUUGUGGAGUAUGAGAAAAUGGCAAAGCAAAAAAGAGAAGAAAAGUUACAGCAACAGGAGGGUGCUGAGUUAAGUCUUUUUAAUAAACUUGGACAUGUAGAGAAAGUCGAGAUCUUGAAGGGCAUUGAAGAUAUGAAGGACGGGCUUCGCACUUUCCUGGAGUCGGCCGACUCGUCCAAGCCAAUUUCUGCUGCUGAUAUCCAUCAGUUUUUUGAUGACAUUAAGAAUAAGCGGCGCCGUGUAGGGUGAGUUUCUGCUGUCUUGGUGGUUUCAAGGCGCGGUGUGGUCCUAACUUGCAAACUGUCGAGUUUAUUUGUCAUAUCUGGCAUUCACAAGUUAUGAUAUUUAUAUCACAGUGCCCUACUUGUAUGAACUUUUUUACUUGGCUCCUUUAAGUUAACUUGGUUUCGACAGACACCCUUGAUGACUUCUCAA